GUGUCCUCUCUAGGAAUCUCUAUCCUCCUGCGCCUUAAUUCUCAUUGUAGGUGCCACCUCGAACGCAAGACCCUGCACAAGGCCUUCGCGGCGUGGAAGGAGGAAUGGUGGUCCGCCUGUUGCGAGUGGAAGCUGACCAUCAGAGCCGACUGCCAUUACCGUUACUUUCUGUACAAUGCGGUCUUGCGGCACUGGCGGUCUUACGUAUUUCGGCGGCGGGAGAAGAAGACACGGAUUUAUUGCGCAGAGGAACAUGCAGCGCAACUCAGGACGCGUUGGGCAUGGCGGCGUUGGCGGACUCACGUGGAAUUGCGGCAGAUGAAGCACCAGAUGCAUUCAGAUGCCUUCCGGUUCUGUGAGCGAAACGUCCUCCGCUUGACCUGGGGAUUAUGGAGGCGGCGAUGGAUCCAGAAACGAGACGGCGAGAAAAUGGCGGCGCAGGCGCUCCAGCACUGGGCGCGACGGCUGCAGUUCCACGCCUUGCUCCAGUGGAAAGAGAUGUUCGUUUGCGUCUGGAAAGACAAAAUGGCGGACAAAAUAGCGCUUAAACACGACCGUCGGCGACGCUUGAGGAAAACCUUGAAAAUUUGGCGCAUCUACAUUCAGCGCCGGAGGGAAAAAAUGCUCCAGAAACGGCUGGCUUUGGAGCACUGCCGCAACCGCGUGCUCCUUUGUAGCGUCUCAAUAUGGCAGCUGGCUUGGGCACGGAACCAGGAACUGCGUAGGAAGCGGCUUGGCGAGAGAUUCGCCGCGCGGAGGUUUUUCGCACAUUGGAAGCUAUAUGUGGCGUCGCGGGUGGAAAAAGCGGAGCACUACAAGAUGGCGGAGCGCCACCACCGACACCGUUUGCUGUCCUGCACAGUUCGCGCUUUGCGCAAGAACGCCGCAAACGCGUCCACCAAACAGAUCCGGAAAAACUUGGCUCACCAGCAGCGGCGAAUUAUGGUUUUGCGCAGUUCCUGGAAUCGCUGGAAGCGUCGUUCAGAAGAAGAGGAGGAAGAAGCGGAUCAGUUGCUGACGAUGGCGGCUCGCGCUCGCUACAGCGCAGUCCUUUUCCGCAGAUAUUUCGGGAAAUGGCAGGACCGUUGCAACGGCGAACGGCGGCAAAAGUUCUUUCUUUAUAACCCCAAAAUUAAGCUUCAACGCACCAAAGCCGACCGCCAUUUUGGUGCAGUGGUCCUUCCGGUGGCGUUCCACGCCUGGAAGAAAUACGUGGAAAACCAGCGCCUCUGUGACGGGAAGAAGAAAAUGGCUGCUGACUUCCACAGGGAAACGUGGACGCGGCGUUUCUUCGAAAGAUGGCGGCAGAAAGGAGAAGAGCGGCGGCAGGACAAAAUGGCAGAGGAAACGGCGGAUUCACACUCAGAUUGGCGCCUCCUGUCCAGAUUUUGGGAUUUAUGGCGCCGCAGGACGCAGGAUUUUCAGGAAGAGCACGAGGGGAUCUGCGUCGCGGUGGAGCAUCACAGACGCUGCGUCCUGCGUUUGAGUUUCUGCCUUUGGAAGGAGAACGUUGAGGAGGUCCAAGAAAGGAGGAUGAAGGACGCCAAAGCAACAAUGUUGCGUCGCGCCAAGCUUUUGUCAGAAUCGUGGACAAAAUGGCGGCAGUAUCUGACGCGCCGCACCGAGAAAUGGAACAAAAUGGCGGUGGCCGAGAGCCACUACCAGCGUUGUUUGCUCGGAUGGGUCUUCUCCGCUUGGAUGUCUUACCAGAGCGACGUCCGGCGCGUUUUGGCACAAGUGGACAAAAUGGAGGCUGACCGCUGCCAAGAAUCUUUACGGGAGGCGCUACGGAUUUGGAAGGAAAGUGUCAUGGCGUCCAAAGAGGAAGCGAGGAAAGCAGCGCUGGCAGACUGGCGAUACGAAGAAACCGUCCUGCGCAAGGUGACGCUCUCCUGGAGGAACUGCGCCUCGUUACGUGCCUACGCCCGGCAGCAGAAGGCGGAUGUCGUAGCGGACGCCAGGGAGCACUUAAACCGAGCGAGGCUAAUGGUGGUGUUCCUGCGCUGGAAGGAGUGUACCACGACAUCCGUGCAGGAAAGAGGGAUUGUCUUCGAAAACGCGCAACGGCGCAAUACGCGGCUUCUUCAGAAAUGCCUCGACGCGUGGAAACAGUGUCGAAUCCAGAGCCUCAGGAAGAUGCUUUUGCAGCAGCAAGCGGAGCGCUUCCUCUCGCAGCGGAUCCUCGCUACCUCACUUUCCGCAUGGAAGAAGCAGAUGGCGUGCCGACGGCGCGAGCGGUGCCAAACGGCGCAGGCGUUGUGGCAUUGGUCGCGGACACUUCAGGCAAAGGCGUUUGACGCUUGGGUCGGAUUCGUGGUGGAGCGGCUGCGCAAAAGGCGCCGGGUCGAAAUGGCGGCGGAGUCCUACCGGAACGACUUGCUGCACGAAGGUGUGAGCCGUCUCCUGCGAUAUGCGGCAGAUGUGAAAAGCGUCCGUGAACGGCUCCAAUCUCAGCGCCAUUUUGAGGUCGCUUCCCGUCGCCGCAGCGCUGCCACUCGCUGUUUCACAAUCUGGAAACAGAAGGUGCUCUUCCGUAAACGCGGCAAGCCAGAGUCCGCUAAGAAGCGAGUCACGUUCGGGGCAACAGAGGCGAUGGGUAUGGCGAUCCCUCACGAAUUGUGCCCACCGCCGCCACAGCUACACGCUGCCAGAGACGCUAUCUUGACGCAACUGCGGUCAGCUCAGGACGCGCGGCCUAAACCGCGCAGGCCCCAAUUCCUGGAUGUUCGACCUGCGUCCGCUCCAGACCACGCCCAACUUGCACAGUACGCCCAAAGCGAUGCUGUUUCCGGAUCAUGGUUCAACAGUUUUCCGCCAUUCUUUGUUUUCGAAUCCUCUCGGUUGCGCAGUGGCAGUGGCGUCGUUUCCCCCAACCCGGAACUCUUGCCGCCAUCUUCCUUUGCGCAACGGAGGACAGAGACGCCCAAAAAGGCGCCGUCUUCCCCGCUUCCGCGUCUCGUAAUUCCUCCCGUUUUCAAAAUGGCGGCUGCCACAAGCGAAUACGAUAAGGAAACCGGUGCAAAGCUCCAGUCAGCGGAUGAUUCCGCGAGGAGAGGACACAUUCCUCCGCUUCGCAAGACGCCGUGUAAUGGCGUCGUCGUAAAAGAUGUUAAAGAUCCUCCGAUUUGCGACGGCAGCCAUCUUGUGGAAAAGUCCCUGCAAUGCGCAGCGUCCUCCAUUUUGUGGAAACGUCCAGUUAAUUCACUGUGUCUUCCAUUGUGUUUGGAGGAUCCAGUGAAUUGCGGCGGCGUCCAUUUUGUUUUUUCAGAGGCCGAUACGGAAGAACGGGGAAAGCGCUUUUGCGCAGAAGUUGAUGGACAGCUGGAAGCCGAACUGCGCAGUAUCGCACAGAAGAUGCAACGUUACUAUGACGCCCAGCAAGAGCUGAAGUCGUGCCGGCGGCAAGAGCGGCUCCUGCGACAAUGGCGGGAGAUGGCAGCGUUGGCGUCUGUGGCAAAACAAGAUGGCAACACGCAGAAAGUGGAGGAAACCUUGGCUGAGCUCAGAGUCCGGAUUGAAUCCCUGAAAUCUGUUCUGGACAAGGAACGGCGGCUGAUGGCGGCGUAUAUCACCCGCGUCCGGGAAAUACGAAACGCGCUUGACGCAUAAAAUAUUACGGGACUAUGUUUGCGUGGCGGAUAAUGAUGGCGGUGGGGUUGAAAGGACGUCCAUCUUUACAAAACCGGUCCUACGAAGUGCAAGGUCGGACCGAACUGUGCAAUUCCGCACCGCUGUCAACGCUGAACUGCGCCACGGUCUCUUUAUUGACUACUCCAAAUAAAUCUUUAAUAAAAUAAUUGUAAUAAUA